GUCUGACCUGGGCAGUUGAACUUCUUCCAAGGAAACUUGGACUUAAUGGAAAACGUUUUACUCCACUGUGCGUAAAGUGUGCGUAAAACAAAUCUAAAUCUACAUCAUGUCAAGCAGCGUGUUGGUGAAGACCCUGGAGGACCUGAGCCUGGAUCCAGGUUAUGUCACCGGGGACCUCAGCCUGUCCUUCAGCCUGUCCUCCGGUGGGUCGAGGCAGUCUCCGCCGCACAGCACUCUUCCCCAUGGAGCCUGGCAGCGGCACGGUGGCUCUCUGAGCAGCAGAAACGGCAGCUGGGACACGGUGAGCUCAUUACCGGAGGACGCCUCGGACCUCCUGCUCAAGUGUCCCCACCUGCCCGAGGUGGAAGAGUACCCGUGGACAGAGCUGGAGCUGCGGGAAGUCGUGCGUAAAGUUCCGGAUACAUCCCUCACAGAGGAGGCGCUCCAGCGGUUGUCCACUCUGCUCCGGCGGGCUAUGGUGCGUAUUUCCAGGGAAGCGCAGCGGCUCAGUGAGCUCCACAGAAGGUGCACACGCCUGGAGGUGCAGAGCGCGGUGAGGCUGGUGCUGAGCUGGAGUUUGGCCGAGAAGUGCAUCUCCUCUUCGUUGAAGGCGGUGUCCCUGCACUGCAUGAGCUCCGGGGACCCUGCGCGUCAGAAAGGGAAGUCUGCGCGCUGCGGGCUCACGCUGUCCGUGGGCCGCUUCUUCAGGUGGAUGGUGGAGACGCGUGUGUCUGUGCGUGUGCAUGAGUUCGCCGCAGUGUGUCUCGCAGCAUGCGUGGAGCGUUUGACGGAGGAGAUGGUGGGACGGGCGGUGCAGGCUGCGCGUUUGGCUGAGGAGGAUGAGCUGCAGCCCGGUGGAGAGGUGUCCUGCUGCCCGGUGACUGUGGAGCUGUUGGAGGGAGCCGUAAACAGCGACGCGGAGCUGUGGGGAGUCCUGCAGGUGUACGAGCAUCUGAUCUGUGGCAAAAACAAGAAUGGUGAGCUGUCGCUGCCGGCCCAAAUCAUCCCGUACUCGAAGGUUCCCGAGGUUUGGAUGGAGAGCAGGGAGGAAGCCUACCUCCAUCAGGAGCUGCGAUCUCUGCAGCAGGAUCUCCUCACCACCUGCGUGGGCAGCAUCGCCGAGCUCAGUGAUCUGGUGUCUCGCGCGAUGCACCACCUGCAGCGUCUGCGCAGCUCGAGCCCCCCCCCCAAGCCCGCUCUCUCGGCCAGUCAGACGUCAGUAUCCUGGGCCGCAGACGCCCUCCGCACACUUUACUACUUCCUCUCCAGCCAGCAGAUGGAGUCUCUGGAAAACCCCAACCUGGAGCCUGCUGCCAUGACACUGAGCAGAGAGAGACCCUUCCUGCUCCUCCCUCCUCUCAUGGAGUGGAUCCGGGUCACCGUGGUUCACGCUGAACAUCGACGCAGCCUAUUGGUCGACAGCGAUGAUGUCAGACAGACAGCCAGACUGCUGCUGCCGGGACUCGACUGCGAGCCUCGACAGCUGAAGUCAGAGUGCUGUUUCCACUCCUUCAGAAGUCUGGAUGCAGAAGCUGCUGCCGCUCAGUUCCAGGUGUCUCUGGGCUUCAGGAUGCUCUCCUGUGGUCGAGCAGAUCUGCUGCAGCCGGCCUCUCAGCUGCUGGGGAGGGGCGGGCUCAACACCAUGGACGACCAGGGGAUGACUCCACUGAUGUACGCCUCUGCAGCCGGAGAUGAAGCUCUGGUUCAGAUGCUCGUCGAGGCCGGAGCUCACCUGGACCUGCAGGUCCCAGGCUGCUCUCACACACACCCCUCGGUUCACCCAGGCAGUCGUCGCUGGGUCGCUCUGACGUUCGCCGUGCUGCACUGCCACCUGUCUGUGGCUCAGCUGCUGCUGGAGGCCGGCGCUGACGUGGAGGGAGGAUCUCUGCAGGACGGACAGGAAGUCAGCGCUGAGACGCCGCUGCAGCUCGCUGCUGCUGCAGGUCACUAUGAGAUGGUGAGUCUGCUCCUCACUCACGGUGCGGACCCUCUGCUCAGAGUGCAUCAUGGGAGUUCUCUCACCUCCCCGCUGUACGAGGACAUGAACUGCUUCAGCUACGCUGCUGCACACGGGCACAGGAACAUCCUGAGGAGGCUCCUGCUGCAGCCUCAGCACCGGAAGGAGGACAUCCUCUCUCUGGAGGAGAUCCUGGCUGAGGGAGUGGAGGAGGAAGAGGACGAGGGAGAGGAGGAAGAAGAAGCUCCUGCUCCCAGGCUCUGUAAGGCCAGGAUGAAGGCUCUGCAGCAGGCAGCGUACUACAGCGCUGAGCAUGGAUACCUGGAUGUGACCCUGGAGCUCCGGGAGAUGGGAGUUCCCUGGAGGCUGCACACCUGGCUCCAGUCGGUCCUCAGAGCUCAGCAGCUCAGCAGAGUUCGAGUCCUGCAGAUCCUGCUCUCUGAUUUCUCCUCCAUCAGGACAGAGGACUUCACCCCUGAACUCCUCACUGCAGGAGUCCCACAUCUGGUCCACUUGAUGGAGACCAGCAAGGACUUCCUGGUAAUGCAGCGUCUGGCCUCGGUGUUUUCCCUCCUCUACGGCCGCUCUGCUGUUCCUCCCAUCAAACCUCUGGACGUCUCUCUCUCCACACAGCUGGAUAUCCACUUCCUGAACAACCCGGAGAUGUCGGAUGUGACAUUCCUGGUGGAGGAGCGUCCUUUCUUCGCUCACAGAGUGCUGCUGAUGUCGGCUUCUGAAAGCUUCAGACGGAUGCUCUGCGACACUGAUGACAUCAUCACCGUCAGUCACAUGACCUACAGCACGUUCACGAUGAUGAUGCAGUCUCUGUACUGUGGAGGAACAGAGGGACUCACUCUCUCUCCCGCUGAAGCCCUGGAGCUGCUGCCGGUGGCGACUUUCUUCCAGCUCAGAGGUCUGCAGAGGAUCUGUGAGAUGAAGCUUUCUCAGAGUCUGACUCUGGAAAACGCUGUGCACAUCUACCACAAUGCACAGCUCCACGGAGGUUCUGCUCUCUGCCGGUUCUGUGAAGGCUUCUUCCUGCAGAACAUGGAGGUUCUCCUGCAGCACGACGACUUCCACCGCCUGCUGCUGCUGGGGGUCGCCGGGCAGGACUCGGGCCCCCAGGAUCCCCCCCGCCUCCUGCAGGUCCUGGAGGCCCUGCUGAUCCAAAGACUGUACACCCUGCAUGCUGCCUGUCGGGAGUGA